CCUUAAGAUUAUCUGUCCAGUAAAGGAGCCUCCUUUUCUUUUUCUUAGUCUCGUCUCUCUUCAAAGCACUGCCGGCUGCCUUGCUUUAGUGUCCCCAACCCUAGGAUCCACAAGCAGCGGCUUAGUUGUUCAAUUUUACAAUUGUUUCCAGCAAGGUGGUUUUAGCAGCUACUUUUCUAUGGAUUGGGUUGAGAACAUUAACGCAUCUCGUAACACAAUCGUUAGUGGCCGUGGGUCUUCCAUGGGGUUUAGCAGCUGUUUGGUUUUUGUGCUUGAAGAAAGAAUCGAAGUCUUGCUAGUUGGAGAUGGUGGACGGCUUGGAGACCAUGCUACAUUGUGUAUGAAUCACAGAGGAUGACAUUGGUAUCUUCCCACUGCAUGAGGUGCGGAGUCAGGAGGAUGCCAAGGUAGAUAAAUUACAGUUGAUUGGAAAGAUCCUAUCAUGGAGACGAAUCCGUUUCUUGGAAUUUGAAGGUAAAGGUGUGGUUUCUAGCGAUGAUGGAGACUCUA